AUGGCAACAAGCCUAGACGAGUGCAAAAAAGCCGGGUUAAUUGAGAAACACCAAACACCGGAGAAUACAACAUCUCUUAAUACCCCAAAAGUCAAUCCUGAAAUAUGGAGGGUGUUAUCAGCAGAAACAAGAUCAAAAGAUUAUGCAUCCCUUUGUUCUCAGUAUAAUCCUGUCACUGAAUAUUUGUUUGGCGACAACAUCGCAGACCAG